ACGAGAAAUACGAGACUACUGCUAAGGUGAGGUGUUACUAUGGUGGACAGUUAUUAUUAAUGGUUAUUUAAUUUUGUCCGAUUUUUGGUAUCACAGAAAUAAUUUAAUAUAGACAGAAGUAUCCCACAUGGAGGGUGGUGGUGAUUCACCUAUGAGAGGGAGAGGACGACUUUUUCCUAAAGAAAGGGAGGAUCUUCGCCGACCCUUUAUUGAUGUUGGUGUAGAAUCUUCUGAUAAACCUAACGCUAGGCCUAACGUUUUGCAGUCGUCAGUGCCCGAAAAAGUGGUCUCUUCCAAUUCUUCUAGUACACUUGGAAAUGUCAUUGACAGUGGUUCUAACAUUACAGUUUCUCAAAAUGCUGUACAUCCACCUGCUGUUAUGCCUAACAUCGAUAUAACUGGGAUAAACAGUUUUCAAAGUGCUUCUUCUGGCGACUUUAAUACGAGUAAUGCACCACCAAUCUCUCUUGUAAAAGCAACAAAUUCAAGUCUUUCACCAUUUGCACGAGAAUUUGUCCCAAGAAACUCUCUGAAACAAUCUUUCGUACCAUAUCCUGAGUAUCAGGAAGAAAUGAGUGACUCCCAUGAACCAGGAAGUUGGUUUAAUGCUGACGGCUAUCCAGUUUUAGAACUGAGGGAGUUCGUCUAUGAAGUCACUCUGAAUCCAGGAAAGUACGAUUCUCUGGUUCUAGGUUUGGUUGAAACUCUUCAAUCAUCUAUUGCAGAUGAAGAGACAAUGCGUGCUGUUGCUAACACCAUAUUUGAUCAAGCAAUCACAGAGCCAAACUUUAGGUAUAAUGCUGCGAGACUGUGUAAUCACCUGACUCAGAGCCUAAAUUUCUUUUUUGGAAGUUUCAGAUAUUUUCUUCUGCAGAGAUGUCAACAAGAACACAAAAGAAGCAAGGAACUCGUCACCGCAUCUGAUGGUGGAAGUUAUCUGCGAGGAUUCACAAUUUUUAUUGGGGAGCUUUUUUCUCAAAUAGAGGUUACUGUAGGAGAUGUAAAAGAAAAGUUGUGGAUCUUUGGAAUAGCUCUUACUGAGCUACUUGAUGUCCUUCUCAGUAAUCCCACUGAAGAUAACCUGAAAUGUGUUUGUCAAGUAUUAAAGGUAGUUUUUUAAGUGCUGGUGGCUUUCUGUUUCCUUGUCUAUACUCUAGAAGUUGACAUUGUUUACAAUGUUCGUAUAAAAGUUGACGUACGUAUCUCGUCUAGCUUCCUUUGAACUGUGUUACAUAAACUCAUUUUUCCAGUUAUAGAAGGAAAUAUUCUUAAUUUAGUGUACUUAGAUAUUUUUAAAAUCUAAAUAUUAAAUGUAUCUCAGAUUUAUAUAUGCUAGUAUACUCUGUUGAAUUCUAUAUGUUUUGAGUUUUAAAUAAAUUGCACAUGCACAAAGGUGAAAUUGGCAUUGUGAUACUUGUGUUGAGUGUUGAAGGACUAAACUAGAAAAUUAGCACAGAUUAGAAGAAUGACAUUUCGAAAAACUUCCAUCUUUAGGUCAGUUUGCACUGGUUUUGCAGGUGUUUAUAUGCUAUCUAAGUAUUAAAGUGGACGUGCGUGGUAGGUUGAUGGAGUAAUUGAAGAUUUGACUAAUUAUAGCCACAAGCUGCUGAUUUCCAGGCCCGAGUCUCUGGUUGUCCUUUUCAAUCUGUGUCACUUUUGUUAUUAGUCCUCCAAGACUUUCUCCACAGGCUGAACUAGGCAUUUGUUGCCCAUUUUACUUUAGUUUUGUUCAUCAUGAAGACUGCCUGAAUCAUCUAUAAAAGAACCCGCACAAAGUUGUUUACUUACAGGAGGCACGUGUUUAAAAAAAAAAUCCAAAUAAUCUUUCUUAUUAUAAGCUGGAGAAAACUAUCCUCAUGGAAAGGUAG